GAUUCAAACAUGCUUGAGGGAUAUUUGGGACAUGCUUGAGUGAUAUUCAUCUGGGUUUGCAGAAUCAUAUUUCCAAAGACUGGAAGAGGAGAGUUUUGCCGUCAUUCAGAGGAAGUGAAGAAAGACAGGAUGUGUGAAAACAGUAAACUAGCAAACAGAUCAUGCAGUUUUUACACUCGGACUGCAGAGUGCAGUGAGAAUGUUUGGUGUUUUCUCUCUGAUUUCUCUGCUUGUGAUUCCUGGAAUUUGCAGUCAGGAAUGGGGGGUUCAGUACUCGGGUUUGAACAGAUGUGUCCUAAAGGGUUCAACAACAUUUUUAUCAGGCACUUUUAAACACCCAGAUCAUCUCACUGUGAAAGAGACAUUUUGGAUCGUAAACCCAGUUAAAGACCAAGAGUUCAUCAAUCUGUUGGAUCUUCCAGAUUACAGAGGCAGAGUUCAGUAUUUCCCCAAUAAAAACCGAACAUUCAUUCUCAGACUCAGUAAUGUGAGACGAGAGGAUGAAGGAAUCUACUGCUUCAGAAUCAUAACAAAUGAAGAAGCACAAAGAUAUCUGGGUUUUCCUGGGAUUGAGCUCAACGUCACAGAGCUCAGAGUGGAGAUUCCUGAAGAGGUCGUUGAGAAAGAUUCCCCUGUUUUAUUUUGUAAGAGCACCUGUUUCCUCUCAGACACAACAGGCUUUAUCUGGUAUAAAAACGGCGAGUCUUUCUCCGAGUCGAGCGUCGGGAAUCGUCUGAUUCUGCAGUCGGUCAGCAGGGAUGAUGCGGGAAACUACAGCUGUGCAGCGAGACAUCAGGAACAUCUGCCGUCUCCUGCCGUCACUCUCAGCGUCAGAUAUCCUCCUCAGAGCGUGUCAGUGUCCAUCAGUCCAUCUGGUGUAAUAGUGGAGGGAGAUUCAGUGACUCUGAAGUGCAUCAGUGACUCAAACCCUCCUGCUCUGAACUUCAGCUGGUUUAAGGAGAAUGAAACCUCAGCUGUUGGAUCUGGACAGAGUUUCAGCAUCUCCAGCUUUAACUCCAGUUUCAGUGGACGCUUCUACUGUGAGGCUCAGAAUAAAUAUGGAUCUGGGAGAUCAGCGUCUGUGUCUUUGUUCGUGCCUGCAGGUGUCCAGAACACAGGUCUGUUUGCAGCCGCUGGCAUCGGGGCCGCGCUCAUCACCGUCUGCGCUGUUGUUGCAGUAAUACGAAUCCUCAGGAAACGAGCGACUCCAUCAGAAGAGCGAAACCACAGAGCAUCACGACACCAGAAAACAGUCGAGUCUCCUGAGGACGCCUACAUGACCCUUGACCCCAAGUCCAGAUGUUCUGAGUACGACACACUAGAUAAUAUGAAGAGAUCCUGUGACACGGACGACCCUGAAGAUCAGGAUUCUACAUAUUAUAACAUGGUCAAAUGAUUAAUCUAAGUGGUCAUAUCGUGCCUUUUUAUUAUUUACUUUUUCCCUUUAUAACAGUCAGAUUUUCACCCUCUCUACGACGUGAUGUCUCUCUUGUCCUUCGCCAUUCCAUCAUGAACUACAUUUCCCAUAAACCUUUGCCUGGACUCAUUACCUGUGUAUCAUUAGCUUGAUAAUCUCUGUGUAUUAAAGCCCUGUAAUAUGGAUUAUGAGUUAUAUUUCUCUCAAUAAAGCAGCAUUUGGAUCUUCAACCCAAGUCUCUCAAUGCAGUUACGUAACAAUUUACCUUCAUAUCAAAUACGUUUUUAUUUCCAUCUCUGUAGACAUAAGAUAAUGCAAAAUCUUUGAUUUUCUCUUAAAAGAGUCAAAACAACACAGUGUAUAUCUAUUUUCAUCUGACUGGUCACGCCGAGCUAGCCAUUACACCAACUAUGACCUAUGAUGGAUAAGUCUGUUUGAUUUAAAUAAAUUACUUUAAAAGACGAUUUGACUCGUGUAUCUUACGCAGUGAUGAUGUUUAAGAAAUCUGCCACAAACCUGCACAGUUAGAUUCAGAGGACUACACCACCGACCUCAACUACAGUGACACUGGAGACCGGAAGAG